CCCUCUCGGAGCUCUGUGCUUUCGUUCAACAGGACACCACACAUUAGUCUAAUAUUCAAAGUAGCCCAUCAUACGUUAUCCCUGAUAGCCCGUUCUAGCCAAUCUCAAUGCCAGACGCACACCUAGGCUUCCGCUACUACCAAUCAAGCCCGUACUUUGAAACCAAACUCCUGGUUGUUCGCGAUAGGAGACUGUUAAUUGGCCCCUUGAGACUGGUCAAGGGCAACUUUCUGAUUCAGCUUUCCAAGAAAAAGCCAUUCCCAGAGACAGUUUCUAAAAUAGAACUCACCCUAGAAGGGAUCUGCAUCAGCAAAGUCAUCCGGGACAACCUCUUGCCCCCGAGGGAGAAAAAUGCCAGCGAUACAGGCUGUUAUAGAUUCCUCUACAUAGAAAACUUGAUGGCCGAUGAAGACCCGCUUGUGACGGAUGAGGAAAUCAUCCUGAACUUCGCUUUCAAGCUCCCUGAUAGAUUGCACUUCUGCCCCAACGCUGAAACAGGGAGGCACAACGAAUUACUCCACGAUCGUCUUCCCCCUUCCUUCGGAAACCCCAUAAACUGUGGGCUAAAAUUCAACGCGGACAAACUGAUAUACGAUAGCCGCAUUUUCCAGAACGGGAACGAAUUUGAGUCAAAGUUUGCUGUGACGUAUUUCGUCAAGGCGGUGGUGUACGGCCGCGGCGAAGGGGUAGCUGACAAGAUUUUGUUUGUCGGGAGAAAAGACAUGAUGGUAUCUUCCUUCCACGGGGCCAUAUCCCCAUCCUUACGAUCAACCCGGUUUACCAAGAUCAACCCGCAACAGUACUACGACAUUUGUGAUCUCAGCUACCCCGUGAGCAAUUCCGAGUUUGAGGGGAAAAGCGACUGCCCCGUGGUACGAAAGAAAUUCAACAAUGUUUCGCUCCGCACGUACACAUAUGACUCGUUGGUGAUGGAAUGUAAGAUCCCCGACCCGAUUUCUGUGGACAACCGCAGUGCUGUUAUACCAAUAGAGCUAGACUUUACGCUCAGUGGGACGGGUAUUAAAAGCCUUGAUACGAUUGUAUCGUUGGUUUUGAGGCAAACCGUUUACUUGACCGCGCAGUGUGGCAAGACUAUCGGAAGUUCAGGCACGCUUAUGAGCCAGGACAGGGAAGGCAAGGUGAUUGUGCAUAAAUACCCGCUACUAAAGGAUAAAAACGAGCAGUUGGACUUUUUACUGGACAGCCCCCCGGGUUACAAUGAGAUUGCUGCUCUGAAGCUGCGUGCUCGCCAUAAUAUAUACCUACAGGGGAGCACGAUUGGAAUGCAACACUUAUGCCCUACUUUCCAUUCGUGCACAAUCCAGGUAAUGUACGACCUCGAAGUGACGGUUUUUGUUCCGCAGUCAACAACCCCUCUACUUCUCCGCAAGUUUUUAAGGCGGAACAGCGGUGCUUCUGCUCCCACUGGGAAUCUUGAUGAUGCGACGUUUAUGAUUUCCACCCCGGUGGUGAUGAAGAAGAGGAGAGCUAACCAUUGGUGUAGCAGCGAUGAGGAGGUGUUUAAAGGUCCGUUGGAUCCGGCGGAAGUUGAGGUAUUGCCGUUGUAUCGUGAUAUUACCAACACUGGUGUGCCUGACUAUGAGUAGCGAAUGGGUUGCAGCGGGUGCCUUCCACGUAACAGAGGGUUAUAUGUUUAGGCCGUGCUCGUCUAGAUACCUUUGCCGUAAAUUGAAAAUAGAUAAACAUUCA